CGUCAUCCCCGAGCGUGCGUAAAUCCACAGUUCCUUCCGCUCGGUGUCUCCGUUGACUGGAGACAGGCUGAACACCGGCGUCCGGGUUCGGUGGCCUCUAGUGAGAUCCAGAGGAUCCAAGGAAUCUGUAGCUACAAUGUUGUCGAGACUUUUCCGAAUGCAUGGCCUCUUUGUGGCCUCACAUCCCUGGGAAGUCAUAGUGGGGACAGUAACACUGACCAUCUGUAUGAUGUCCAUGAACAUGUUUACUGGUAAUGACAAGAUCUGUGGCUGGAAUUAUGAGUGUCCAAAAUUUGAAGAGGAUGUUUUGAGCAGUGACAUAAUAAUUCUAACAAUAACACGAUGCAUAGCAAUUCUGUAUAUUUACUUCCAGUUCCAGAAUUUACGUCAACUUGGAUCAAAAUAUAUUUUGGGUAUUGCUGGCCUCUUCACAAUUUUCUCAAGUUUUGUGUUCAGUACAGUUGUCAUUCACUUCUUAGAUAAAGAAUUGACAGGCUUGAAUGAAGCUCUGCCCUUUUUCCUACUUUUGAUUGACCUUUCCAGAGCGAGUGCAUUAGCAAAGUUUGCCCUGAGUUCCAAUUCACAGGAUGAAGUAAGGGAAAAUAUUGCUCGUGGAAUGGCAAUUUUGGGUCCCACAUUCACCCUUGAUGCUCUUGUUGAAUGUCUUGUGAUUGGCGUUGGUACCAUGUCAGGGGUGCGUCAGCUUGAAAUCAUGUGCUGCUUUGGCUGCAUGUCAGUUCUUGCCAACUACUUUGUGUUCAUGACAUUUUUCCCAGCUUGUGUAUCCUUGGUGUUAGAGCUUUCUCGGGAAAGCCGAGAAGGUCGUCCAAUUUGGCAGCUCAGCCAUUUUGCCCGAGUUUUAGAAGAAGAAGAAAAUAAGCCAAAUCCUGUAACUCAGAGGGUCAAGAUGAUUAUGUCCUUAGGCUUGGUUCUCGUUCAUGCUCAUAGUCGCUGGAUAGCUGAUCCUUCUCCUCAAAACAGUACAGCAGAACAUUCUAAGGUUUCUUUAGGACUGGAUGAAAAUGUGUCCAAGAGAAUUGAACCAAGUGUUUCCCUCUGGCAAUUUUAUCUCUCCAAAAUGAUCAGCAUGGAUAUUGAACAAGUUAUUACCCUAAGUUUAGCUCUCCUUUUGGCUGUCAAGUACAUUUUCUUUGAACAAGCAGAGACAGAAUCUACACUCUCGCUAAAAAACCCCAUCACAUCUCCUGUAGUGGCCCAAAAGAAAGUACCAGAUAAUUGUUGUAGACGUGAACCUAUACUCGUCAGAAAUAACCAGAAAUUUCAGUCAAUGGAAGAAGAGACAGGGAUAAACGAAGAAAGAAAAGUUGAAGUUAUUAAACCCUUAGUGGCUGAAACUGACACCUCAAAUAGAGCUACAUUUGUGGUUGGUGGCCCUUCCUUACCUGAUACUUCAUCUGAACCAGCAACACAGGAGUCUGAAAUUGAACUUCCCAGAGAACCUCGGCCUAAUGAAGAGUGUCUGCAGAUACUUGGGAAUGCAGAGAAAGGAGCAAAAUUCCUCAGUGAUGCUGAGAUCAUCCAGUUGGUCAAUGCUAAGCAUAUCCCAGCUUAUAAAUUGGAAACUCUAAUGGAAACCCAUGAACGAGGUGUAUCUAUUCGUCGACAGUUACUUUCUGAAAAACUUUCGGAGCCUUCUUCACUCCAGUACCUGCCUUAUAGGGAUUAUAAUUAUUCCCUGGUGAUGGGAGCUUGUUGUGAGAAUGUUAUCGGAUAUAUGCCCAUUCCUGUCGGCGUGGCAGGACCUCUGUGCUUGGAUGGAAAAGAGUUUCAGGUUCCAAUGGCAACAACAGAAGGUUGUCUUGUGGCCAGCACUAAUAGAGGCUGUCGAGCAAUAGGUCUUGGUGGAGGUGCCAGCAGCCGAGUUCUUGCAGAUGGUAUGACUCGUGGCCCAGUGGUGCGUCUUCCUCGUGCUUGUGACUCUGCAGAAGUGAAGGCCUGGCUUGAAACACCUGAAGGGUUUGCAGUGAUAAAGGAGGCUUUUGAUAGCACCAGCAGAUUUGCACGUCUGCAGAAACUUCAUAUCAGUAUGGCUGGACGCAACCUUUAUAUCCGUUUCCAGGCCAGGACAGGGGAUGCCAUGGGAAUGAACAUGAUUUCAAAGGGUACAGAAAAAGCACUUUUGAAACUUCAUGAGUAUUUCCCUGAAAUGCAAAUUCUAGCAGUUAGUGGUAACUACUGUACUGACAAGAAACCUGCUGCCAUAAAUUGGAUUGAAGGAAGAGGAAAGACUGUUGUUUGUGAAGCUGUCAUUCCAGCCAAGGUCGUCAGAGAAGUACUAAAGACGACAACAGAAGCUAUGAUUGAUGUAAACAUUAACAAGAAUCUGGUGGGCUCUGCCAUGGCUGGGAGCAUAGGAGGCUACAACGCCCAUGCUGCAAACAUUGUCACUGCUAUCUACAUUGCCUGUGGACAGGAUGCAGCACAGAAUGUUGGUAGUUCAAACUGUAUUACUUUAAUGGAAGCAAGUGGUCCCACAAAUGAAGAUUUGUAUAUCAGUUGCACCAUGCCAUCUAUAGAAAUAGGGACCGUGGGUGGUGGGACUAACCUCCUACCUCAGCAGGCCUGUCUGCAGAUGCUAGGUGUUCAAGGAGCGUGCAAAGAUAAUCCUGGAGAGAAUGCCCGGCAGCUUGCCCGGAUUGUGUGUGGUACAGUAAUGGCUGGGGAAUUGUCAUUGAUGGCAGCACUGGCUGCAGGGCAUCUUGUUAGAAGUCACAUGAUUCACAACAGGUCAAAGAUAAAUUUACAAGACCUUCAAGGAACUUGCACCAAGAAGGCAGCUUGAAUAGGCUGACAGUUCUGAACUGAAACAUGGGCAUUGGGUUCUAAAGGACUAACAUAAAAUCUGUGAAUUAAAAAUCUCAAUGCAG